UAGAUUGGAAAAUUACUAGUGGUAAUUUUGUGAUUGUUCUAGUGAUUGUUAUGUAGUGGGUAGAGGUUAAAGAUCUAUUUUUUAUCUAUUAGUAUACGUGAGACUCUGAACCACUCCAGAGAGAGCCUGAGGAUAACUUUUAUUACAAAAGGAACUAACUCGAAAUAAUGAUUGUUAAAUUUAUGAUCAAUAAAUAUUGAUUCAAAUAGUUUCCUCUUUUCAUCUGCGUUAACUUCUUAAAUAGUCUAAUCUAUGUUACACGUAACAGGAGAUACAUAAUCUACAAUAAUCACAAGAUCUAACCCAUAUGUAUAUAUUGUUUGUUUGCAUACAGGUUAAAUAAAUAAAUGAACAAAGAAUUAAAUAUUCGAACAGUAUACAAAAUAUUUGUUUUCUCUUGUAUACAUAUAGAUUUAAAUUUUGUUUCUGAUUUAUCCAUUAAUGUUACUAAACAUUAAGUCUGGUUUAUAUGUAGUAAUAAACAUCAAUGUUUACCAUUACUAUCUUAGAUUUAUAUAUCUUUGGUUAAUGUUGUGCAAGUAGCGGGAAACAUACGUUCCAAGAAAUACUAACGUAAAAAGCGUUUUGUAAGACGAAGAAAAAUCGUUAAUUUUAUUUGACGUUUUACAAAUAAUUCGUUGUUUUACAAAAUGUAUUCGCUUACGGAAGGAGCACUGGACGGUCACAAAAAGUUAUCCAGUUCGAAUAGCGGAGAACGUUACAGACUUCUUGUAUCCGAUGGGAAACGAGUGAAUUCAUUUACGAUGCUAGCCACGCAAUUGAAUUCAAUGAUAACUGAUAACAUAUUAACAGAAUUUUCUGUUUGUCAAAUAAACAGAUAUGCUAUAAGCACGGUUAAUAAUGUUGGCAAACAAAAACGAGUAAUGGUGAUAUUAAAUAUUGAUCUGAAAGUUCCUGGUGAGCAAGUUGGACAGAAAAUUGGUAAUCCAACGAAUGCUGAAACUGAUAAUGAUUCUAAAUCAGUGCAACCUGGACAAUCCGCACAAGAUGGGUAAUAAAAGUACGAAUUGUCAGUAAGUCUGCUAUCAGAACAUGGAGCAAUUCACGUGGUGAAGGGAAAUUAUUUUCCAUGGAUCUUGUAGAUGAGAGUGGAGAAAUCAGAUGUACUGCGUUUAGAGAUCAGUGUGAUAAAUUCUAUAAUAUGCUUGAGGUUGAUAAAGUUUAUUACAUUUCCAAAGCAGCUUUGAAACCCGCAAAUAAGCAAUUCAAUAAUUUGAAGAACGAUUAUGAGAUGUCCCUGACUGGUGAUACAGAAAUCAUUCCAUGCCACGAUGCUGGAAAUGAUAUUCCGUCUCUUCAGUUUGAUUUUAUUCCGAUAUCCAAUAUAGAGCAAAAAGAAGCAAAUGACAUAAUAGAUAUUUUGGCUAUUGUAAAAUCCUGCAGCGAUUUGCAAAUGCUAGUGUCACGAAAUACGGGUAGAGAAAUGAAAAAGAGAAACGUUAAUCUUGUUGAUGAGAGCAAUAUUAUGGUAUGUCUUACAUUAUGGGGAACGCAAGCUGAAGAAUUUAAUAGAAGUGACAAUCCGAUUUUAGCCAUCAAAGGAGCACGUGUUGGCGAGUUUAAUGGCGGAAAGACCUUGUCUACUCUUAGUUCAACUGUUAUACAAAUUGAUCCAGAUAUUCCAGCAGCACAUAAGAUACGAGGUUGGUUUAACACACUCGGGCAUAACGAAGAAACUAAGUCACUUUCAAGAACAUUUGAAAAUAUGACUGAAAUGACUGGGUCAUUGAUCACAUUUGCCGAGGCAAAAGCAAAUAACUUGGGUGAAAAGGGCGUUGAUGUGUACACGGUGAAGGCGACCAUUAAUAUGUUACGCAGUGAAAAUACUUUAUAUAAAUCUUGCCCUUCUGAAAAUUGCAAAAAAAAAGUAAGUUUGGCAGAUUGGACAGGUAAUCUGUGGGCCACAACAUUCAAUGACGAAGCAGAGAAAAUAUUAGAUGUCACAGCUCCAGAACUUGGAGAAUUGAAAGACAAUGAUAACAAUGCAUACCUUGAGAAGUUUGGCAAUGCAACAUUUAGAAGCUUCAUAUUUAAGAUAAGAGCAAAAAUGGAAACAUUCAAUGAGGAGAACAGAUUAAGAACAACAUGUAUUGGUAUAAUCCCAAUCGAUUACAGAACCUACAAUAAACAUUUAAUAACCAAAAUCAAAGAAUUAAGUGGUAUCGAUAAUGCUUAAAGUUAUUCGUUUGUGAUACGUUUUUUUCUAGUAAUACACGGUAUGAGUUUACCAGGAAGUCUUUAUUUUAAGAAAAAUGGUAUAUUUUUACACAAUUAAUUUCUCAUAUAUUGAAUAAAAAGUAUAUGAUUUCCUACAUAAAUAAUAGUUUUUUUAUAUUUUAUUAGCAUGUAAUUCAAUUAUUUUAAUACCCGAAAAUGUUAAAUAAAAUUUGAGAAAUGUAAUUGUCA